CUCCAAAGUGAGACAGACAGACAAACACGAGAUAUGACUGAGUUAAGAGCUUCUCUAGAUGCACUCAAUGUUGAUAAACACAACAUGCAAGACAUCUUCAUGAAAAUGGUAAGGACAAUGAUCUAAAGGAGAAAAGGAAAAGCUGGACUCUGGAGACAAGCACACUACGUCAAGAGAUGAUUAAGCUGAAAUCUCAACUUGAAUCUGAGGGUCUUAGAACCGAGUCCAUUGAAAAAGAGAAGGAGAUUUUAAUAUUGAGUGUCAAGCAAAGAGACUCAGAGAUCAAACGGUUACAACAGAUGACAAGGAAUAUGCAGGGAAUCUUAUUGAGUGUAGUACCUGAGAAAUCUUUGAAAUCUUCCAUUCCUGGUGAAAGCAGGGAAUCUAGACUUGAGAAUUGGUUAGAGAAUCAUCAAUCGGCCAUCAGUACACCAAGGAGCAUAAAUAGGAAUGAUAUGACGGACAGCCUCCAUCAAACAGCAUGGAGACAAGGUCAAAGGUCACCACAUGACUCCAUGUCAUCCUCAUCCUCAUCCUCAUCGUCUAGAGGGGGUCAUUAUAUCAAGCUCUCAUCUCCUGAUGCAUUACACAGAGAUGAUUGGAGGAAGAUAGUUUCUGAUCAACGAGGCUGUCUGGACGGUCAUCAUGUUAUUAGUGGAGGAGGGGAAAGACAUAAAUCAUCCCAACUAGAAGCUACAUUUGGUGCUGAUGGACGAUGUGAUGAUUUGGACUCCACUCUUGUCGGAGAUACUUUAGAUGGUGAUGGGACUGCGUAUAUGAGCUUUGCUGAUCCUCAACUUGGCAGCAGAAAGCCAUGGAUAUUUCAGGCAUCUCAUAGACCUUCACCUGGCGGUGGCACGCCUAGCUGGGUAGAAAAAGAGUUAUCACCAGCUACAAAGUCAGGAAGAAAGCACAUUGGCAGUGACAAGACUGUUCAUGUUUCUGAUAGCCUAGGUAGGACAGGGAAUGAGAAUGAUAGGAGAUCACCACCACCAUAUAAAGGGAGAAUUGAUUCAAGGUUGAGAAAGAGUGAAGAUCAAGCUAGAGACUCGGAGAGAGACCUUGGUAGAAUAUUCAAUGCAGCAGAAGUAGGUUCAGUUGUAUCAGAAUCUACAAUAUCAUCCAUAGCAUCACAGUAUGAAGCUCAGUUUCAAGUGGGUUUAUCAAAGCUUGAUGAUGAUAUUGCUAGAUUACAGCAGAACUUAAAGGGAUUAGUUCAAAGAUAAUACAUCUUUAGAAAUUGCAAAUGCUAUUUUCUUUUUGAAUGAUGACAACAUUGUGUUUCUUAUUUAUCAUAGACUUGUAGAAAUAUGUUAUACAGUUAAAUACCAAAUACUAGUUUUAUGUAAAUCAAUCCUGUUUUCAUGUAUUAUAUUCAUAUUUAAACCAAAGAUAUGAGUUGAAAUGAGACUGUAUGUCUCUCAGUAUUUUCCUCCAUGUUAGAAUUAUCAAAUACAAUCACUCAUUUAUUGAGGACUUCUUGCCUUUUGAUAAAUAGUUUCACAGUUGCUUGAAGGAUAGUAUUAUACAUUAUUCAUUUUACUUCUAUUUCCAUCUUCCUUUCUGCAGAGAACUUGAUCUUAGAUUGUCAAUUAGCUUGAGAUUCUAUUCUUGUACUUGAAUUGAAUUUAUUAUCUUUAUUGGAAUAGUACAUUAAUAUUUUGUUUUGCAUAAAAAAUAUUUUAUUGAUUGGUCAUUGUAUUCAUUCUCUAUAUGACUAUAUCCCUUUGCCAUGCAAACAAUUUCUAUGUCACUUGAUAUAAUUCUCUUUAAUAAUUUACUACAGCCCCUCCAAGAUGAAUACAUUUUUAGUACCGGUAUAUGUAUAAUUUACUAUGUACCCCCCUCCCCCCCCCCCCUGGUAAUUCAUAUAUUCUGAAAUAAGUUUCUUGACGAACUCGCAAUUCUAUAAAUGAAUCAUAUAUAAUAAUAUAGAUUUGUGACUAUUUUAUGUAUUGCAAUAAUGUGUAAGGAAGGGCGCAGUUUGCGGGAGUCCUCCGCUAGACAACUUCUUGAAUAUUGUGAUGUCAUUGGUUGUUUUUCUGUACUGGAUUUGAAUUCUUCUAAUGUUGUCCCUAUUAGUGUCAUCGAUUAUACAGAGAUGUGUUAUUAAAUACGUGUAGAUGAUUCAACAGAGAGCAUUUUCUGAAAUAUGUUUUGGUAAAUCCCAGUCUGUUGAUUUGUAAUGCCAAUCGUCCUAAGCUAUUCUCAUGGAAAUGAAAGUUUUCAUUCUAAGUCAUUUCCCUUUACCCAUAUAUUUUCGUGCCAUGCUUUCAGUGCUGGGGAUAUUGUAUUCAUCAAUAAAAGUUUGUCUGAAACUGCAA